CUCUUCCUCCCAAAUUGCUCUUCCUAAGAGUUUCUUCAUCAAAAGAAAAUGGGGUUGUCUUUCGGCAAGCUCUUCAGUCGACUGUUUGCCAAGAAGGAGAUGCGAAUUCUUAUGGUAGGUCUUGAUGCUGCUGGUAAGACCACUAUAUUAUACAAACUCAAGCUGGGAGAAAUAGUAACAACCAUUCCUACAAUUGGAUUUAAUGUGGAGACAGUGGAAUACAAGAACAUAAGCUUCACCGUCUGGGAUGUUGGUGGUCAAGACAAGAUUCGACCACUGUGGAGGCAUUACUUUCAGAACACUCAAGGGUUGAUCUUUGUGGUUGAUAGUAAUGAUCGAGAUCGUGUUGUUGAAGCUAGAGAUGAGCUGCAUAGGAUGUUAAAUGAGGAUGAACUGAGGGAUGCUGUGCUUCUUGUUUUUGCCAACAAACAAGAUCUUCCAAAUGCUAUGAAUGCUGCUGAGAUAACUGACAAGCUUGGACUUCACUCUCUGCGUCAACGUCAUUGGUAUAUCCAGAGCACAUGUGCCACCUCUGGGGAAGGGCUGUAUGAGGGGCUCGAUUGGCUCUCCAACAACAUUGCUAACAAGGCUUAAGAAGAAACGUUGCAUGUACUUUCGUCUCUCAAUCCUUGAACUGAAGAUUGUCUUUUACAUUUUGUCUGUUGUUCAAAGUUAUCAUUUACUUGCUUCUUUUGUGGUAGAUAGUCGCCUUCAUUUUGUACAUUUGAGUUUUUACUCAGUAAUUGUGCAUUAUUAUACUAUGUCAGCAGCAGUGAAGCUGCUUAUUUUUUGGAAUUGUAAUGCUCCCUACCCUUCUUAGGGUAGAUCAAGUUCAUGGUUAGUUUAACUAUAAUACAAGAGCUUGAAACCCAAAACAUAUCUUGAAUAA